GUAAGCUAGGAGAGGAGCUUAAACCAACACAUCAUUAAGAGUUCUUAAAUUUUUUUUUUUAAUAAUGAGAUUUAAAAGAUGAGACGCCAUUUAUGUGGUAUUUAGUAGCUUAUUGAGUUUUGCCCUUAUUGGAAACGCGCCGUCAGUAAAUUGAAACUAAAAUUCAGUGCUGCGCCUGCACCAGUUCCUCGGAUAAACAAAUAAUCGCUUGUCGUAUGAAAUAAUUGGUUGUGUGAAACUUUGCACAGGAAGGAAUCGGUUUUAAACAGAAGGAAAUAUCGAAAAAAUAAAAAUGGCUUUUGAUAAUUUAAAGAAACAAGAACAAGCUCGGCAAUUACGGUAUUCACGCUCAAGAUUUCGUCGCAUCAAUUCAUUGGAUCAAAUACCCGAAGAUCCUAACCAGGAUCAAUCUUCACAAACAGCACUAGAUGUACACAGGCAUCCAGUUUCUGGACACAGAACAGAAGUGCUGCGAAAAUCACCACGUACAAUUGCUACUUCCUUAUGGAUGGUUCUUCUCUUCUGGCCCCAACUGUUGAUCAAAUUGGCAUUCAUCCUUAUUCGAUUUAUCCUUUAUCUUCCGCUAUCUAUAGCCGCACCCAGCUUUUGGCUCUCAGCAUUAUUAUGGAUAUUCUGGAAGUUCACACGCAUACCUAUGGCAUUGGUAAAGUGGCUAUUGGAUGUAUCAUCGGAUGGACAGCAAUACCAUAAGCGUACAGUUCUGAUUAGUUGUGGAAGUACAAUUCAAACUUUACAUCUAGCCCGUAACUUUUACUCCUCCGGUUCACGUGUAGUAGUAUUCGAAUUCGAAGGUCUAUUUGGAUUAGCGCGAUUCUCCACAGCAGUCGACAAAUUUUAUGUUGUGCCAAAACCAAGUCCAAAUAAUGUGGAUAAUUAUAUAACUGCCUUAUGCCAGAUCGUUGACAAGGAAAAGCCUUCCGUUUAUAUACCCGUUUGCGCAACCAGCCCUGCUUACUACGAUGCACUUGCUAAACAACACCUGGAGCUGCUCGGCUGUGCCAGUUUUAUUCCGGGCUUCAAUGAAACCUGCGUAUUGGACGACUGCCUUGAAUUUUUUAGAAAGUGUACGGCUCAUAAUAUUUCAUUGCCACCCUACAACGUGCUCACUUCGCCCAAUGAUCUGCAAAAAUUGUACGAGGACAACUUUAUCAGUAAUUAUCGAAAUAUUUUAAUGGCGGUCGGUAUUCAAGGUUUAAUCGAACGUUUUAAGUACUUAUUGCCAAAAAAUAGAAUGGAUAUAAAAUUUAAUCACGAAAUAAGUGAAAGUGAGAAGUGGAUUGUGAUACGCGAUUUGCCAGGAGAACACUACGUCACAUGCACAACAGUAAAAGAUUCUCGGGUUGUAUCAAAUGUUACAUGUAGAGUUGAACAUGAAACGAAAAAUUUGAUACCGGUAACAUCAUUAAAUUCACAUAAUCAUACAGUCAUGUCAGACGAAUCACAAAUAGACAUUUGGCUCAAGACGUUUUUCGCCAAAGUACGCUUUCAACGUAGCAUUAAUGGGCAUAUGAGUUUCCGGCUGAUUAAAUGUCAGGGCACGUCACAAUUUAUCCCGCUUGGUAUACGAAUCGGCGUCUCAUUACCAUACAUAUGCUACAAUCGUUCUCACGCCCAAGUGCUCUGCCGAACUAUGAAAUGUAUACAUCGGAGACAAUUAAGUUUUACCAGUCCAGACGAGGAAUCGGCACUGGGGGCGUUGACGGCCAACUUCCGCUGGAGCUCUAUAGAACGGUCCACUCCCACUACUGUGUUGGAUAAGAGAGAAGCUCUAUUCGCUUAUUGGGAUCCACUGCCAUAUUGUGCUUACUAUCAUUUUCAAUUGCCGCUCAAAUCCGUCAAGAUGUUUUUGCAAAAGCGCCAUCGCUCCACAAAAACAUUGUCACCACGCAUCACAAUGCCAGUUCAUUGAACGUUGUAUACGCCAAGUGAGCAACAACAUUUUGCUUUUAAAACGGCAAACAAUUAAUACCGCUACUGAUUAUUUUCGGUAUAUUGCGAUGGGCAAUGCUGAAACACACAUUUGUAAAUAUGUAAAUAUAUAUACAUACAUAUAUAUAUACAUAUAUGUAAUGUAGAAAUGUGCAUAUUUAUAUGAGUUUGUUUGUGCGUGCCUUAAAAAACUAUUUUUGAUAUCACCCGUAGAUGAUAAACGAGGGCACUUACAUUUAUAAAGAUAAAGCAAGGAACAACAAAUAUAUUUAAAUUACACAAUGUGGAGCAGAAAGGGAGAGAGAGAGAGAUGAAAGAGACUGAUGGCGGUGAGAUGUUAUGGAAUUGAAUGCUGUUUUUAAGAAUGAUAGAAUACAAGAAUACGCCUAUCAGAGAGGCGUGACGUCACACAGGUGCAGUUGCGUGUGCUAAAUCUGAAAAUGCGAGCAAGAAUGCAAGAAAAAGAAGAAAUUGCACAAACUACACACAAAUAAAUUACACAAGUGUGCCAUCACACACACAGUGAUUCUGUAAAAUGCGCUAAAAUAGCGGAAUAGCGUACGAGAUGGGCGCCGACUUUGUAUUCAGUGCAUCGGGGUGAUUUUAAUGCUGGGUGCAAUAUAAUUUAAGGACAAAUAUUUAAGUUAAUAGCAUUAUCGUAUACUGCUAUGUGUUUGUAGGCACAGAGUUAUUGUUUUUUGCCAUAAUAUUUAUUUUUUUAACUUAUAAGGCGUUUGUAUGCAUAUUAUAAUUAAUUGUUUAGUUUGUUACUUAGAAUAGGUAACUUUUACACGUAUAAUAAAUACAAACAAUCGUA